UAAUGUCUUUCUCUUCCGGUUCAAAUGUCCUCAACGUGGCUCCUGUAAUGUUUUCUCGCGUGUGGGACCUAUGUGUGGUGAAACUACUAUAAAUAAGUAAAACUAACAGCGUUUAUGCUAGAAUUAGUCAAAAUUGUAUAUUACUUGUAUAUUAUUGUCGGCCUUAAUGUCAAAGUUAUUCUAAAAAGGUACAGUUGGGCUCAUCGCUAAUAAAUCACACUUCUAGCUGGAGUUCAAAACUACCAGGCCACCAGCGCAUCUUGCUUAGACCAAGAUGGGUGAGUUCAAAGUGCACCGGGUCCGGUUUUUCGACUACAUGCCCAGUGGGAUCCGAGCCUUGGCAUUUAACCGAAGCACGGAGCGACUGGCCGUGGCCCGAGAUCAGGGGUCUGUGGAGCUCUUCAACUUCUCUGACAACUACUGCCAAGAAAAGGUUAUCCCAGGACGGGACGGCCGCUCAAUAGAGGCUCUGUGCUGGGUUGGCUCUCGGCUCUUUAGUGUUGGUUUGGAUGGACUGAUCACAGAGUAUGACUUGAACAACCUCAGACCAAAGUACACGGUAGAGGCCUAUGGUGGACCAGUCUGGAGCAUCAGCUGCAACCGUCAGGGGAAUCUCCUUGCAAUUGGUUGUGAAGAUGGGACAGUCAAAAUCUUUGAAGUACUGGAUGACAGAAUUCAAUUUCAAAGAAAUCUGGACAGACAGAAAGGUCGCAUCAUUUCUGUGAGCUGGCAUUCAUCAGGGACAAAGAUUGCUGCUGGUAUGAUGGACAUGAUCCGAGUAUUUGAUGCUGAAAGUGGCCGUGCCACGCACAGACUGCUGGUUGAGAGGGGUGUAGGUACUGCUAAGAACAGAGAGGUGGUGGUGUGGAGUCUGGCUUAUCUUUCUGAUAACACCAUUGUUAGUGCCGACUCAGCAGGAAAAGUUCAGAUCUGGGAUGGUCUCACGGGAACACUGAUCCGGAGUCACCUCAUCACUAAAUGGGAUGUCCUUGCUUUGUCUGUUGCACAUGAUGAGAGCAGUCUAAUUGCUGGGACAUCAGAAGGCACUGUGGUUCAGUUUCAGUUUCUCCCGUCAUCUGGGGAGCAGGACAAAGAAUGGGUCAGAACCAGGACUUUUAAGAACCACUCCCAUGAUGUCCGGGCCCUGGUCCUAACUGAUAUAGCUGUUGUCUCUGGAGGUAUGGACACCCAGUUGGUAGUGCGCCCUCUGCUGGAUAAAGUUGAAAAGAAUACAGCUGAGUCCGAACUGCGCAAAAUGGUUUUCCCCCUUAAAAGUUUAGUUAGUUGUGCGAAGAAGUCUGGAUUGUUGCUCUUCCAGUUUCCGGACCAUCUGGAGGUUUGGAGACUUGGAGAAAGUGAAGGAUAUGGGAAACCUGGAGAUCGCCUACUAGUCAAAAGAAAACCAGAGAAACUGAUUCAUCUAAAGCGGAAGGGUGAGGACCAUAUCUGCUCCAGUGCUCUGUCUCCCUGUGGAAGCUGGCUGGCCUACUCCACCAUCUCCAGUGUUCGACUUUACAGAUUACAACACAGUGGAAACAACAUAAGUAUCAGCAAGGUUUCCAAGCUCCCUAAAAUCCUUUGUUCAGCCCAUCAGCUCUGCUUUUCCCCUGAUUCCACCAAACUCUUUGCCUCUUCCACCCAGUCCUCAGUCAUUGUAAUAUCCCUCAAUCAAUCAGAGUGCAAAUAUGUCCACACUCUCACAUCAAAAUCAGGGUCCCAUCAGCCAGUUCAUCUGUUAGCUCCUAGUGAGGAUGGAAAAUGGCUUGCAACAGCCAACACAGACAGUGAAGUCCAUGUGUACAACCUCAACAAGCUAAAGCUUCACUGCACAGUUCCAGUGUACGGCUCCUGUCCCACAGCAAUUGCCAUUCACCCAGUGACCAACAACCUUGUGAUAGUGCAUGCAGACAAGCAGGUGUUUGAGUUCGCUUUGGGACAGAAAGUGUACACAGAGUGGAGCAGAAAGUUGCAGAAACAAGGGCUACACCCACAUUGGUUGGAGCGGGACACACCCAUUAACCACAUCUCUUUCAAUCUUAAGAACCCCAACCACAUCAUCAUGCAUGACAUCUACAUGUUGUGUGUUAUAGACCAGAGUUUGUCUCUUCCAGACCCCAAAACAAGAUUGUACAAUCAAAUGAGUCUCAGGGGUCUCCCUGAGUCUGAGAGAGUUCGACACAGCCACGCAUUUAAGAUCUGUAAAGGUUUUCAGGAUGUGCUGAGUGUAAUCUCAUUGGAGGACCAGUCUCUGGUGAUAGUGGAGCGUCCCUUGUUGGAUAUCAUGGCUCAGCUGCCCGCACCAGUUCUUCAGAAAAAGUUUGCUACAUAAUGAUCUUGUUCAAAAAAAAAAAUAAUUAAAAACAUUUACUGAAUGGACUUUUUCACUCCAGAGCAGCAUAGUUAAAAUUUCUGAAUAUUUUUCUACAGUAAAUAUGUUGGUAAUACUGUAAAUGUAUUUACAUGUAAAUAAUUUGGUAGCCAAAUCUCUUUGGCAUAGUGACUGAGGAAGUUUCAUAAUAAAAACAAAUAAGAAGUGCUUUAGUCAA